GAACACACAAAUGAAGUAAACACUGAGAAAAUGGAAAGACCACUUGAGGCUACCAGAAUGGAAAACAACACCUCAUCCUGCUUUCUCAUGGAAAGAAAGACUCAUGUCAAGAUUAACAGAAAAGAAGUCAUGCUAGCUAAGCUGAGAAAGAGCUGCUCCUGCACUCCACAGAAGCUGAAGAACUUCUUUAUGGACUUCUUUCCUGUUUUACAAUGGCUUCCCAAGUACCGAAUCAAAGAGUACAUUUGGGGGGAUGUAAUGUCUGGGUUAGUCAUCGGGAUCAUUUUGGUGCCUCAAGCAAUUGCAUAUUCACUGCUAGCAGGUCUGAAGCCCAUUUAUAGCCUUUACACAUCAUUCUUUGCCAACAUCAUCUAUUUCUUAAUGGGCACAUCCCGUCACGUCUCAGUUGGCAUUUUCAGCUUGAUAAGCUUAAUGGUGGGACAAGUUGUGGACCGAGAACUUCUCUUGGCUGGGUUUGACUUGAAUGAUGAUGCCCCACCAGCCUCGGGUGAUGGCUCUCUGCAGAAUGACAAUCUCUCCAACACAACUGCCUUCAACCUUACCACUCUGGGGAUAAAUGCCGAGUGUGGGAAAGAGUGCUAUGCUAUUGGCAUUGCUACAGCCCUGACAUUCAUGGCUGGAGUGUAUCAGGUUCUAAUGGGGAUCUUCCGCCUGGGUUUCGUAUCUAUGUACCUAUCCGAGUCCGUACUAGAUGGCUUUGCAACUGGUGCUUCCUUAACUAUUUUAACAGCUCAAGUGAAGUAUCUGAUUGGAAUAAAAAUUCCACGUAGUCAAGGGCAUGGGAUGCUUGUUAUUACUUGGAUUAACAUUUUCCGGAACAUUUCUCAGGCUAACCUUUGUGAUGUCAUCACAAGUGCCAUUUGUAUUGUGGUGCUGGUCACUGCUAAGGAACUCGGAGAUCGAUAUAAGCAUAAACUGAAAUUUCCUCUUCCCACCGAGCUGGUAGUUAUUGUUGUGGCAACACUGGUGUCACACUAUGGUAAGUUAAAUGAAGUGUAUGCAUCCAGUGUUUCUGGAGCUAUUCCAACAGGAUUUAUCCCUCCGAAGGUACCAGAGUUCAACUUAAUGCUCCGAGUUGCUCUAGACGCUUUGCCUCUUGCCAUAGUCAGUUUUGUUUUCACUGUAUCCCUUUCCGAAAUGUUUGCAAAGAAGUAUGCUUACACCAUCCGAGCCAAUCAGGAAAUGUUUGCUGUGGGGUUCUGCAACAUCAUUCCUUCUUUCUUCCACUCUUUUGCAACCAGUGCAGCUCUGGCAAAAACACUUGUCAAAACAUCUACAGGUUGCCAGACUCAAAUCUCUGGAGUAAUUAGUGCAAUGGUGGUUUUGCUGGUGCUGCUCUUCCUGGCACCUCUCUUCUACUCUUUGCAGAAGUGUGUCCUGGCUUGUAUUAUCAUUGUCAGCCUACGGGGAGCCCUGAAGAAGUUCCGAGAUGUGCCAGCACGGUACCAUGUGAAUAAGAUGGACACGCUUGUUUGGGUGGUUACUAUGUCUGCCUCUGCCUUGGUCAGUACAGAAAUAGGGCUGUUGGUUGGCAUUGUUUUCUCCAUGUUAUGCAUCAUUGUUCGAACCCAGCGGCCACGGACAGCCCUGCUUGGUCAGAUUCAAGACACAAGCUUUUAUGAGGAUGACUUGGAAUAUGAAAAUCUCUCUAUUGUUCCAAAGGUCAAAAUAUUUCGGUUUGAGGCCCCACUUUACUAUGCAAAUAGGAACUAUUUCCUCAAGUCUCUGUACAGAUUGACCGAUCUAGAUCCUAACCUAGAAGCUGCUAGGAGGAAGAAAUAUGAGAAGAAGGAAAAGCAGCAUCUGAAAAAGGGAAAUCACAGAACUGCUAAUGGACUGGGCUUCGGAGAAACCACUUUGCAACUAGUUCCUAAGCAAAUUGAUUUCCAAGCCCUUGUUGUAGAUUGCUCUUCCAUCUCAUUUUUGGACACCACUGGAGUUAAUACUUUAAAGGAAAUCCUGAAAGACUACAAGAAUUUAAACAUCUCUGUUCUCCUGGCUUGCUGCAAUCCCUCAGUGAUAGACUCUCUGAAAAGAGGGGGUUACUUUGGAAAGGAUUUUGGAUGUAUGCAGGAAAUGCUAUUCUACAGUAUACAUAAUGCUGUGCUGUUUGCAAAAGACCAAAAGCUUCCAGCAGAUUGCCCAGUUUAACCCUGUGUCCUUCUUGAUGAUUCACUACAAAAUGACAGACGGAGAGGGGUAGUUUGCAACAAGUAAAUUAUCGGACACAGUGUUGGCUGUGUAAAGCCAUCCCCCACAAAGAGUUCUACUUUAUGUAAUAUGCCACACAGAACAGCCACGAGGAAGGCAGUCCAGGACAAGCAUGGAAAGGUUAGACUGCCACCUUCUCUUUAAAAUGCAGGCAAAGGCAGUUUGAUAUUGACUUGUCCAUCAUACUAUGACCAUUUGUGACUGAACAUGGAUGUCUGGGGAUUGUUGUGGUGGCAGCGUUGCUCUCCCAAUGAUUUAAUGGCUGGUUUGUCUUAAGAAAGCUGAGCCACUUCCAUGAAAACACAAUCAUUGUGGUAUUCUGGACACAUAAUGGUUUAAACUGUGGCUUGCAAGGCCCUGCCUCUUCGAGUCAUUCUAGGUGUACACCUAAACAAGUCCCCACUGUUUGCAUAAAAAUAAAAUGUACAAAAUAUCACGGAAUGUAGAAUAUCUCUCCUCCUUGAUCACAUAAGCUUAAUACAAUAACCUGCCACAGGAGAAGAAACUAUGGUCCAUCCAUUUGGUUCCUCUCAAAAUCACCAUUUCCAAAACUUGAUAGCUUUGGUGUCACAGGAAUCAUCCAUUCUAUAGGAUUAAAUCCGUCAUAAUUAGUUAUUGAAGGCUGUGAUACCCCUAAUCAUGCUAGAAGAAAUAUGACUCUGAUGCACAAUUUUGUAACUAGAAAAAGGAUAAAAAGGAUUAAGAAAACUGAAUGGCUUUAACUGGCAGCUACCCAGCUAGUUGUACCAUCCUGUAAAAUAAGUUGCCUCUGGUGGACAGAUGCAACUCCAAUUCAGGGAUACAUGUGGACCAUCAAACAUAAAACCUCAGAGCUGUGAUGCAGCACAUCAUUAUCUUCCUACAAAUGCCUGCCUGGGUUCAAAGAAAAACGAGAAAAUAAGGGUAGGGUGGGAAGGUAAAUGUGUGAGUUCUCUUGAAGGGGAUUGAUGGAUCAGUCAGAACUGCCUGGCUGGUCUUCUCUGAUGCAAUGCUAAUGAAGUAUUACAAGUAACAUACAUGGGUCAAAUAAACAGAGCAAUGCUUUGUAAUUUGUAUAUUCCUCUAUGCUGAAAAACUUUCACCACUGUUUUCGGGGGUUCUGUUUGGCAUUUGGCAGUUCUUUUCCUAUCAUACUGAUCUUUGAUUUGAGGUCUACUAGACCAUGCCUUCUGGGGCUGGUUACUUUCUGUAAUAAUUUGCAUUAACUGCUGUUCAUUAUGCUUUGUGUUACCAGCUGUAUUGUUGUAUAUGCACAUUCUCUCUUCACAAAUAAGAAUAGACUUGGAUUUUGAUUACAACACGGUAUUCAGUGUUCUGGCCCAUGGCAUGGGCAGAAUAUUCUGUUUCAUACUCAAGUCUAUAAUUACCUGCAUAGAAGGUAAGACAGCUAUGCUCGCUCUCUCCUUUUUCAUGUCAGGUUCACACAUCACCAAGCAUGUAAGUAAGUUCUAUCACAGCUAUGCCUCUCACAACUAACAGACUCCAGGAACAGGUUCCAUACAUGCAGAAGCCAUUUCUUUGCCAUUCUAUUUAAAAAAAAAAGUCAACACAUCGUAUGAGUUGUUCAUUUCAACUUUUUAUGUCACUGAAUGAAAGAACAGUCAAACUGACUUCUCCAGGUGCCCUAAAGCCUGUCUGACUCUCAGAAAAAAAAGGUAUUUUCUUAGAGGAAAAGUAGUGCACUUCCACAAGACCAAAAAUAUCUUCAUGGUGUCUACGACUAGCACAGUAGUAGGUUAUUCAAUGCUGAUGAUUUCACGCACUCAUUACAAAAGAAGCCUAUCAGCUGCACACUGUUAGUACUGCUAAAGAAGCAAAAUCUGACAGAAACAUCUGACACGAGAUCAAAAGAUUGACCAUUAGCAGCAUUUUCCUGUCACAGAACAAUCCACAUUACUAUUUAAAUUGCUGACUUGGUAUGGUUAGUUUCUUUCUGUUCUAAAAGGAAGUGAGGAGGGCGUUGCUUUGUACCUGCUUCUUUUUUGUAACCAUUCUUUGAUCAGAAUGAAUACCUCUUUUAAGGUCCUGUUUGGACCUAACAAGACAAAUAGGUUUAUAGGAGUUACUACCAGACAGUAUCAAUAUAGACACUCUUAGGCCACUGUACUAAAGCAAGCUGUCAUUGGAAGUCAAAUAAAAAAUCCUACCAAUCUACACUUUUUUUUAGCUUUAUGGAUCCAGCUACCAAUAUAGAACACAAAGAAAAAGAAAUGCAAAGAUGCCCUUAACUCUAUAUUAAUCUCAUUUUAAAAGGAAAAAAAAAAGAGAGAAAUUCCAAUAGAAGGUGUAUCCUUGCAAGAGUCUCUUGAGAAUAAUGAAAAGAAUGAGAAAGUAAGAGUGGAAAGUCUCUUUUUCACCAUAUUUAUUAUCAGUGUGGUAACAAAGGAUACCUAAGUAAAGAAACUUGACUACACGCAAGAGAGAAGGUAAACUUUAGAACUUACACUAUGAAGAAAGAAACUAUUGGCCAAAAGAAACUGUAAGGAUGACUUCCUGUUUUGGUUUUACUAGCAGAGCUGGCUCACAAUCAACUGAGUUGGACGUUGUCAAACACACGGAAACAGCUUCAGUGCAAUGAUGUAGGGAUGCUGGCAGACUGUGAAUUAUUUCGUAGGAGUAUGUAAAAGGUAACUAAAAAAGCUUUUUCUGGUACAUCUGUGUUUGCUAUACUGAAUUAAACUAAGAUUAAAGAUAUGAAGAAUGAAAAUUAACAAAAACUGAUGAUUCUCUUCUCUCCUAAUCUAUCAGAAAUUAGCUAUAGUGUCUUGGAGAGGAGCUGGGGAUAGGCUUGUAAUUCCAACUAAGCUAAUACUAUUAAUGAACUAAAAACCAUUAUAUGCCUUUUAGGAAAUGUUAUAUUCUUCAUGUAGGUUGACUAUAUUUUUGUUCACUGUGCUGCCUUGUGAUUUACCAUGUAUCAUGUAUCCAAGAGAUUUUAGUACUGCUACAUAAGAAUAGGAAAGGAUUCCUAACUUGUGAAAUGCGUGUGUCCCUUGGAACUGGGCAAAGAGCUGGAGUCUUCUGCUCAACAUGUCCUGGUUUGUCGACUAGUGACGCAUGGCCAGAAUGUGUGGUCUAAGUGUCAAAACAGCUCUAUUUACUGGCACUGGUAACCAAUAAUCUGGGAACUGUUCAGCCCAUGAAAGACAUCCUGGAUUUCCUCACAAUCAUGAACAUUCCUGUGUCACAAGACCAAGAGACAAAUGUGUGCUAUUGGCUGGAAAAUAAAACUAGGAGUUCUUGGAAAACAGUUUGUCUUGUGGUAUCCUUUCACAGGUGGGAAAUAAUGGGCUAACUCUGAAUAAAGCCAAAGAUAAAGGGGGCUUGCUGUACUAGAAAAAGUUAAAAUAAAGGGAUGCACUUGGUAUUGGGGGCUUGCUGUACUAGAAAAAGUUAAAAUAAAGGGAUGCACUUGGUAUUGGGGGAUUAGAAAACAUAAUGAGAAAGAUCAUUACAGAAAUGAAAAAGGGAAGGUGACAGUCCUUUAUUUGAGCACAUCUAUUUCUUGGCAGAAACAUUUACGGCACCCGUUUUACAUAUGGCAGCAACUGUGAGAAAAAGCAAAGCCUGUAUCUGUCAGACUUCCACAGAGGUCCUCUGUUCUUUCUAAGUGCUCUUCUUCAGUCAAGUGCCCAUCUCCACAUUCCAAGGAGUGUUCUCUAUUCAUCAACCCCAUGACAAUACAGCUCUGCACUCAGAUGGUUGCACUCAAUGCCUCUUUAUAUCCUUCUGGAAAUCACUGGCUCAGGAAGAGAUUUACACAUGCACAAAAUGAAGCAUCAGCACUGAACUUCUCUGCUCAGACUUGCUUUCCUGCUCCUAUUGUUUUUUUCAGUCCCAGCGUUUGUCUGCAGGCUCCAUGCUCCUUCCCCUUCCAAAACUGCUGGCAUUUAGUCCACUGGUUGCCCUCCUACAACUUUAAAGUCUUCUUUUCCUUGGCAAAUGCACAUUUUUUUACAAAAUGAGACAUUUUAGCUUGGUUCUAAACAGUAGGAGUUUCUAAUUUCUGUAUGUCAAAGAUGGGCUAAAGAUUGAGGCUAGCAGGUUAGAAUCUUACCUUUGAGACACUGCAGCUUUUUCAGGGCCUUCUUGAUUGACAGCUGUUUCCACCAUCCUAGAAUUUUGUGCCAACGAUUGUAUCCCACUUUUUUAAAAAGACUCAGUGGCUCAGUUCCCACAAACGCUGAGCAGAAUCCAUGACAGAUGCAUUCCUCUCCCUCAGUCAUGCGGAAAGUCCAAUUCAACACAAUGGCACAGCUAAGACAGGCUGCCAGAAGGGAUUCUGGGCUCCAAGUAUACAUAUACCUUUCUUUCCAAAGGUACUCAUUGCUUUUCCUAAGUGAAUUGGUUACAGAAACCUCAAAGACCCAAUCCAGCUCCCAGGAGAAAUCUCUAAGACAGGGACUCGGAAGCUGUGAGCAGUGACGGUUGUCCUUGACACUGGUUCACUCCAAGAGCACAUAUUCCGCAGCCCAGUAAUAGAGGGGGACACACACAGGAAAGGGUGUUUAGUGGAAACUUCCACAGGGAAAGAUGGGAGCGAGGAGCUCUGUUACCUGCUAUACUCUUGGAUGGACUGACAAACAGAGGCCCCCCCGGGUACUGAUGCAAUACUUACCUGUGGGCAGGACUUAUGACCACCUUCCUAAAAAACUGACAUAUACAAGCACACCCUAAUACUGAGGAAGAAAAAUUCUGUUCCUAAACACUCUGAAACUCCCAACUCCUCUGCUCACACUCCAUUUGUAGAGUCUGAGCUCUCCUUCCCUGUUGUUUCCCCACAGUAGUAAAUUCCCAUUCUUCUGUGUCUGGGACACUACAUGCAACAAUGAUGUGGAUCGUAAAUAUGCUCAGCACAGCAAGAGUCUGAACCAGGCAGAACUUUUAAGAGCUAUUACAAUUCUUUCAUGGGGUUUUUAUGGUUUGUCUUUCCUCAUAGACCAAUUGCUCCUGCUCUAGGCAUCUGGCUAUUUGGCUGUUCCCACUGGCCAUAUUGAUAAGAGUGUGUUCAAGCUGAAUUAAAAGGGACUUUUAAUGGCAAUGAAUUCCAAGUAUUCUCCUACAGUAUGACACGUACAUUUUCCUAAAACUAAAAAUGCUGUUUUGUAUAUGAAACCUUUUGGAACAGGGUAUUAACUGGUAUUAUCUGAAUCCACCCUGUUUUAAUUCUUACUACCUGUCAAUUAAUGCAGUACACAGGUGGCUUCAGGACGCAAAAAGUAACUCCUAAUAUAGGCAGAAAGAUUAGUGGCAGCUUUCAUUUGGACUUCUCAGUAAGUCAUGCUUUGUUGGACUUUUUUGCUGUAUCAUGUCUCCUAUAUUAAAAAGUAAACCAUCUUUCUAGUCCCUCAGCUUCUCAGGAGAAACUGUUUUUCUUUAUCUCUUAAAAUUCCAGAAUGAUUCUUAUCUGGUGGAACGCAGUUCACUUCCACAGAAGCAAAGAUAUGCCCAGCUUGUAAUUCAGCUAAGUUAAACAUCAAAGUGAGCACCUGUUGGACCCCUUAAUGUGUCACAUUUUCCUAGACUUCGACUUGAGG